UGUUUGUUUGUUUAUACUUUAUUGGGUGAAUAUGAAUAUGAAUUGUCAAUACGUAGUCAUGGCAGCACGAAAUGUGUUUAUUGGCACUCGAUUUAGUUUCGAGUAAAAACGAUUUCAAACUUUGACGCGAUGGACGACACUGAAAAUUCAAAUAAACCAAGUGAAUUUGUUUUGGUCAAAUAUAACAUUCCGGUUUUAGUGAGUUCGUACACGGAAAAGAGUAUCGGUGUAUCAGCUCUGUCAGUGUCAUCUGCACCAAAUAUUGACGGUGCAUCGGUGUCGUCAGCCAAAGAUCGAUCGGCACGACCAUGUUCAGCAAAUACAUUAGCCGAAAAUCGUCGCGAAACGGAGGAAAUUCUAAAUUCAAUUCUUCCGCCACGGACGUGGAAAGAGGAGGAUGGUCAACUGUGGAUGCAAACGGUUUCAAGUGUGCCGGCAACACGACAGGAUGUGGUUAAUUUGCAAGAAACACUCGAUUCACUGUUGCAACAAAGUCAAGCACGUGAAACAGGCAUUUGUCCCAUACGACGCGAACUGUACACACAAUGUUUCGAUGAAUUGAUACGACAAGUGACAAUUAACUGCACCGAACGAGGUCUGCUGUUGUUGAGAGUUCGUGACGAAAUGGUUAUGUCGAUGGAUGCUUACGAAGCACUCUAUUGCAGUUCGAUUGCGUUCGGUUUGAGGAAGGCGUUGCAAAGUCAAGAGGGGAAAGAAAAAUUGGUCGAAUAUGUGGCACAACUCGAAAAGGAUAAAGAAAAUAUGGAAAAUAUAAUAUCCGAUAUGAAAUUGCGGGGCGAACAAAAUGAACGACGAAAUGUUGAACUUAGAGCGGCCGAAGAGAAAAAACAUGCCGAAGAAAUUGCCUUUCUGAAGAAGACAAAUGCACAGCUCAAAGCCCAAUUAGAAGGAAUCAUUGCGCCAAAGAAAUAGACAAUACAUAUUCUUGGCCCAACGAAAUAUUUUUUUUCCGAUUUUUUUCUGUGUGAAUAAUUGUUUUGUUUUGUUUUGUUUGUACAGUCAUUAUUAGAUGAUAAAAA